AUGGAGAGAAAUCAGAGCCACUCUUCAUUUAAAAAAAAAAAAAAAAGGAGAAAAACCCAUCACAUAUUGCUGUACCUGCCCGCCCGCCUGUCUGCCGAUAGAGUCUCGCCAGGACUAUCCCGCCACAUCCAGACUCAUCAUCAUCAUCAUCACACUUGUGGAUUUCAUAAAGGCAGAUCCACUCCCUGCAGCCUCCUCCUCCUCCCUCUCCUUCCACCCUCAUCUCCCCCAACCCCUGACCCACCCCCCCCUGCUCUGUGGCGCCCUUUUUGUCUUCCCACCACGUCUGCGGAGUGGGUGACGGCUCCCUCCCCCAGGGGCGGGAGUGAGGAGCUGGGGGAUGGACUCGACAAACCCCUGGAAAAUGAUGCGGAGGGCGUGUGGAGCCCUGACAUUGAGCAGAGCUUUCAGGAGGCCCUGGCCAUCUACCCUCCCUGUGGCCGCAGGAAGAUCAUCCUCUCUGAUGAGGGCAAGAUGUACGGACGAAAUGAGUUGAUUGCAAGGUAUAUCAAACUUCGCACGGGGAAGACGCGGACCAGGAAGCAGGUGUCCAGUCACAUCCAGGUUCUAGCCCGGCGGAAGGCCAGAGAGAUCCAGGUGAAGCUGAAGGACCAGGCUGCCAAAGACAAGGCCCUGCAGAGUAUGGCCACCAUGUCCUCAGCCCAGAUCAUCUCACCCACGGCUUUCCAGAACAAGAUGGCUCUCCAGGGCCUGUCCAGGCCAGCUUAUCCCACUGCCGGUGGGUUUUGGCACGGGGCCCUUCCAGGACAGCCAGGAGGCCAUGAAGACAUUAAGCCCUUCUCCCAGCAGAGUUACACCAUGCAAGCGUCCGGCCCGGCCCCCAUAACAGGUUAUGAAAGCACAGCAGGGCUGUCCAUGUCUCCCGGUGCCCCCCCUUGGCAGGGUAGAAGUAUUGCCAGCUCUAAGCUGCGAAUGCUGGAGUUCUCUGCCUUCCUGGAACAACCUCAGGACCCAGAGACUUUCAACAAGCACCUGUUUGUGCAUAUUGGCCAGUCCAACCCGAGCUACAGCGACCCCUACCUGGAGUCGGUGGACAUCAGGCAGAUCUACGACAAGUUCCCAGAGAAGAAAGGAGGCCUAAAGGAGCUGUUUGACAAAGGGCCACACAACGCUUUCUUUCUCGUCAAGUUCUGGGCGGAUCUUAGUGUAAACCUGCAGGAUGACAGCAGCUUCUUCUACGGUGUCUCCAGCCAGUAUGAGAGCUCUGAGAACAUGAUUAUCACCUCAUCCACCAAAGUCUGCUCCUUUGGCAAGCAGGUGGUGGAGAAAGUGGAGACGGAGUAUGCACGUUUUGAGAAUGGGCGCUACGUGUUUCGGAUCCACCGUUCCCCGUUAUGUGAAUACAUGAUCAACUUCAUCCACAAGCUUAAACACCUGCCAGAGAAGUACAUGAUGAACAGCGUACUGGAGAACUUCACUAUCCUACAGGUGGUGACUAACAGGGACACACUGGAGACCCUGCUGUGCGUAGCCUACGUCUUUGAAGUGUCCACUAGUGAGCACGGCGCACAGCACCAUAUUUACAGGCUAGUGAAAGACUGACACGGUCACACAGCUGGAACUUACCUGCUAUAGACCCACUGCAGCACCUCAGUGAGCAACAACGCUAAACAAUGGACUGCUUCCUCCGUGAGCUUAGAGCUGAAACCUUACAACUCGGUCAGGAGCCCAGAGAAACACUGGCUUGGUCAGCGUGCCCAGGAACACUACUACUGCUGAGGAAGAGGUGGAUUUGAGACUGUGGAAGCUGAAACAGGCUUUGUGUGAAGAGUGAAAAGAAUAAGAAGAGGACCAUGAUACACUGUGGUCUCUAUACCAAAGGAGCCAAACCUAGCCAUCAAGACCUGCAUGAGAGAGUUGUCAUUGGUGGUGUUUUCAUCUCAUUUUACUAGUGCUUGUUUUUUUUUUUUUUUUUGGAUUUAGAUUCUUUUACACACAUGCAUGUGCAGGAGAUGUUUGCUACAGAGGAGUUUGGCUGCCUCAGGGUGCCACCUAGUGACUUAAAUAUGAAUUACAACGAGGAAAAGUAAUUGAAAUUAGACUGAGAAUCCCUCCUUGGCACAUCCAUAAAAUAUCACUGUUUUUGGCGCCGAUCUCUUGUGUUAUUUGAGCAUUUGAAUAAAUAUGUACAGUGCCAUAUGUAUCUCCUCUAAAGAGAGUUAUGAAAAUAAGAGGCUAAAAUGAUUUAAAAGAGCUAUUGUAUUCACUUUGUUUGAUUGUUAAUGUCAUGUUUCUCGUAUUGUCUUACUGUUUUUGAUUGAAAACUAUCUGACUACAACAAAAGGCACAUAAUAACACUGCUAACUUGAACCAGAUUUGGAUCUGUAAGCCGAUUACAGAUGUUGUCUGUAACUGUAACUUGCCCUGAAUUG